UUACGGGUUAAACCCGCUCUUCUCUCUCUCUCUCUAAAUGCAGAACCCCUAAUCUCAGUCUCAGCCUCCGCCUUUCCACUCCUUCUCCCACCACCAUCAACGCCAUCAUCCACAUUGACGACCACAUCGGAAGGAGACAGCUCGAGGAAGAAGAGAAAGCGAGCGUGUAACAGUGAUUUUUACGACGUAAACGAUUCGGUCUCUUCCAAUUUCGCGUCGGUCGCGCCGGUGACGCUGCAAGGUCUAGUGCCUGUGUGGGCCGUUGGCGGUGGAGCGAGGGUUCUUCCGCCGAAUGCCAUCCCUGACGGAGCAUUUUUCAUGAUUCCUCCCGCCGGUGCUGCCAUUGCUGGACCUUCGAAUCAGCCUCAAUUAUGGGCAAUUCUGGUCACGGCGACCCCUGCUUUUAAUGUAUCCGCCUUUCCACUCCUUCUCCCACCACCAAGGCGAGUCAAUGUGUACUAGAACAAGGCCAGUUGUGGGAGGUUCGUCCCACGCGCCGUACUGAUGGACCUUGAACCGGGCAUACAGAGACAGAGACCGUGUUUUGCUUUCACGGGUCUGUAUUUUUUUUUUUUUUUGAUGUAGUUUCCUGUUUUGCUUUCACGGGUUUGUAAUUUUCUUUUUUAAUGAUUUUCUUUUAAUGCCUAUUGUCAAUUUUCCAGUCUUAUUCAGACCAUAAAAAGGAAAGCAGAUUUUGUGGUGGGUAUUUACGAUUUCUUACUUGGUUUUUGUUUUAUUGAUCUCUCUCUUGACAGUGAUUGGGGUUUGAAGCCAAUUGGUUUUGCGGUUCAAAAAGCGUUUCAAAUUUUACAUCGUACCUUUACUUUUGUGGCCGAUCUCUCUGGCAGAGUGUGCCGACGCCGAAGUCGUUGAGAAUGAUUGCGUUGAUGGUGGUGGGAGGAGUGGUGGAAAGGCGGAGGCUGAGAAUGAGAUUGGGGUCUUUUGCAUUUAGAGAGAGAGAGAGAGAGA